UGCAUGUAUAAUGUGCGAUUUCAAAUCAGUCUUGUGUCAUUGCUUCAUCAAUCAAGAGGUAAAAUUUAUAGUUUCACCAUUCGAAAGUGUUAUCCACGUGGGAACUUUUUAUUUUAAAUAGAAAGUAAGACUGAAACAAACGAAAAAUGUAUAAACUCGUGGAGCCACUUGGCAAAUUGUUCAGUGUAAAACACUUUACGACAUCCGACACAAUUUUUUUGAUCAAUACUAAAUUUACUACUGCGCUAUUGAUUUUGUUCUCCAUUUUACUGACCGCUCUUGAUUUAAUGCGUGUCCCCAUUGAUUGUUAUACCGAUGGCCCCGAGGCGCGUAAGAAAAUGAUGGACAAUUUUUGCUGGUCGAUCGGAACAUACACAUGCAACGAUUCCAACUAUACAGCAAACAAUAUUUUCGGUUGCCGUAGCUUCAUCGACGACAAUAAAUUACAUCAGCGCUACUAUCAGUGGAUCUCUUUGGUGUUCAUCGUUCAAGCAGUUUUAUCUUAUAUCCCGGCGUAUAUUUGGAAAGUAGCUGAAUGUGGUUUGCUUCGUAAAUUAUGCGAAAAUUUAGAUGUCUCGUUCGAUCGAAAGAAUUGGAAUGAAAAGAAGAAUAAUGUAAUCGCAUAUUUUAACGAAAAAUUGGCCGGCAGAGCACAUGCGAUAUACACAAAUCAGUACAUCGGUGUAAAGGUGCUCAGCAUAGUUUGUAUUUUGAUAAAUAUGAUUAUGCUAAAUAUGGUCAUUCCCGGAUAUUGGGCAACAUAUUGGCGAGCAACAACCGGACUAAUCACCGGAGACACGCUACAAUGGCGAGUGAAUAGUGAUUUAGCAUUUCCAAGAAUCACCAAGUGUAUGUUCAAAGCAUCAGGUCCAUCGGGAUCGCUUCAAGAGUACGAUGCUCUUUGUUUGAUGCCAUUGAAUGUUGUGAACCAGAAAAUUUUUGUCAUCAUUUGGAUUUGGUAUAUUUUACAAUUGGCCGUAUCAUUGGGAAAUUUGUUGUACUGGACCGUUAUAUACUACAGCAAAAGUCUUCGAAUUGAAGUUCUGCGUCGCCAUUCAAUGCUCACAAUGUCACGCAAACAGAUAGCAAAAGCCACCGAUCAUGGACAUUUGGGCAAUUUCUUUGUACUGAAUCAAAUCGCGAAAAAUACAAAUUCGCUUACUUUUGUCGAACUACUAACGGAGCUAUCCAUGAUCAAAGUUGACGAAAAUAAUCGCAAUUUAAACGGCGAAAAGUCGAUUUAAUGUACAUUUAUUACGUUCCGAAAAUUACUUAUUUAAAUUGCAAUUGUAUCGCAAUAUAUCGCAUAAUUUUGCAUUUAUUACGCAGAAAAGUAUUGACUUGAGUCAAAUUUAACGCAGAAAAACUGAAUAUUGUGUAAAAUAUUUAGAAUUUUUUUUUGUAAAAAAAAACCAUUUAUCUACAACAUAUACGUUAUUGAGUAUUUUCAUAUAAAUACAGCUGAUUAAGAAAUUCAUGAAAUAAAUAAAGAAAAGAGAUCAUAUUAAAGUGAAAGAUUUUGAUCUAGUUUGA